AUGGAUUUUACUAUGGCGAGUAUAGAACUAAUGGUAAAUGUAUUAUUGGAUAAACAAAAAAACACAAUAAUAGAAGAAACUCAAAAGUUGCUAAAAGAACAAGAAAAAAGUUUUACUGCAAUUACGACUGCGAAUAUAAAAAUAAUAACCGGAAGAUUUGAUAAACUUAAAUCAGACAUUUUAAACAACUCUGCUAAAAUUGCUACGAUUACUAAUGCGUUAGAAACGUCUAAUCAAAAGAUAUUGCUUUUAGAAACUGAAUUAAAUAAAAUUAAAAAAUUUAUCCAUGUUAAUGAUGAAAUAGUUGCAUUGAAAUUUGAAAUAGUUAAAGAGAAAACAAAGAAAGUUAGCAGCCAAGUAAAAGAUAAGAGCACUGUGAACAAAAUAAAUAAGAAGUUAAGGGAGAUAGAGGAUAGAUCUAGGAGAAACAAUUUAAGAAUAAACGGAAUAAAAGAAAGCGAGCAUGAAACAUGGGUAGAAAGUGAGUUAAAAGUGCUUAAAUUAUUUGAAGAGACGCUUGAAAUCAAAGAAGUGAAAAUUGAACGGGCGCACAGAACCGGACCAAGAGGUGAAAAUAAAAAUAGAACAAUAGUAUUAAAACUCUUGAACUAUAAAGAUAAGACAGAUAUUAUGAAGAGAUCAGUGAAAUUAAAAGGUAUGAAUUUUUACAUAAAUGAGGACUUUUGUUUUGAAACUGUUCAGAUAAGAAAAGACUUGAAGAAUAAAAUGUUUAAGCAGCGAGAACUGGGAAAACAUGCGUUUAUCUCUUACGACAAGCUAAUCGUGCGCGAAUAUGGUCUGAAAAGAAAAUUGACGCAAAAGAUUGCCAAGAAUAAUAUUGAGGAAGCUUUAAACAUUUUUAACAUUAUAUGCGUAACGGAAACUUGGUGUAGCUCCGAUGAGGCAAAAUCAAACUCAAACCUCCAUCUUCCGGGUUUUUAUUUUGUACCUUUAGCACGCAAGACUAAAAAACGAGGAGGUGGAGUACUAUUUUAUGUAAGCGAAAAAAUGCGGUUUAUAAAUAGGCCUGACGUGAGUAUUUCUGAUGCCGAUAAAGAGCCUAUGGAUAUUCAUUAUGAUCACGAUUAUGCAUUACCUGUUGUUCCUGUUUCUGUUUCGUUAGAAAAAGACUUAAAAAUACUUCAAAAUACUCCCAAAAGAAUCCUAAAAAAACCUUUGUUAUUAAAACAUCGUAAACGAUUGCUGAGUAAGUUUUCUUUGAUACCACAAGCAGAGUUUACUUGGAAUAGGUUAUCCCAUUCGGAUAGAUUGAUAAAGUUCUACACUGGGUGCACAAAAAAAGUAUUUAUGUUUUUAGUUAGUAAAGGAAAGAAAAAAUAUGAAAACGUAUGUUAUUACAAGGGAAAACCUUCACAAUCUUUUAAAUUUAGAAGCGAGAAUAAAAAAAAACCAGGGAAUAAACGCACUUUAACAAUUGAGGAUGAAAUUCUACUAAUGUGCAUGAAGCUCCGACUAGACUUGGCUAUUCAAGAUUUAGCAUUUAGAUUUUCAAUUUCUAAUUCUCAAUGCUCAAGUAUAUUAACUACCUGGAUUACUUAUUUUGGAAAUGAGUUAAAACCUCUUCUUCUUUGGCCAACUGGAAAGUUACACAACGUAGAAGGUAUAAUAGACUGUACUGAGCAAAAAAUUCAGAAACCAUCAAAUGCGAAGGCACAGUAUCAAACAUUUAGUACUUAUAAAAGUUGUAACACAUUAAAAAAACUAGUUGUGACAACAAAAACUGGUUCUUUCAGUUUUAUCUCCAAAGCUUAUGGUGGCCAAGCUUCAGAUAGACACAUUACAGAGGACUGCAAUGUUAUUAAUAUGUUUUCUGAAGGAUCUGUUUGCUUGGCUGAUAAAGGUUUUAAUAUCCAAGAUUUGCUCUUAAAAAAAAAAGUCGUAUUGGUUUGUCCACCUUUUAAAAAAAAAGGACUACAUUUUACACGAACUAAAGUCCUCUCAGCCAAAGAAAUUGCUAGAUCACGAGUCCAUGUGGAGCGAUCAAUUCGACGACUUAAAGAAUUUAAUAUAUGUAAAAACGAGUUAUCACUAACAAUGCUAGAUCUCAUUAAUUACAUAUAUAUUAUUUGUGGAGCUUUAAGUAAUUUACAACCCUCAAUUGUAAAGGGAGUUAUCUGAUGUAAAUUAAAUAUG